CCUCCCAAAGAGAGGGGCAAGCCUUCGCGUUUGCUGUUUAGCUGCCAGCUCGUAAACUUUGACCACUGGCUCCGGAAAUACUACGCAUGCACCGCCCCUUUGAAUGGUGAGCGUUCUGAUUCUAGCUGCUGCAGCGGUAUCCGUGGCGAUAUUGCUGGCGGUACGACUAUGGCAAGUGCUUCGACCCCUUCACGUCACUCCCCGAGAGUCUCUCAGAGUCUUGAUAGUUGCCGGAUCCGGUGGACAUACCACUGAGAUCUUGAGGCUGGUUGGAAGCUUGUCCCGUGCUUACUCGCCCAGGUAUUAUGUCAUUGCUGAGUCUGAUGAGAUGAGUGCCAAGAAAAUUCAUUCUUUUGAACGUGCUCGGGCCAAGAGAGACUCUACUAAUGAGUACCCACCCCACCUUUACCGAAUUCCAAGAAGUCGGGAGGUCCAUCAGUCCUGGCUUUCCUCAAUCUUCACCACCUUGCAGUCCAUGUGGUUCUCCUUCCCCCUGAUUUACCGAAAAAGGCCGGAUUUGGUGCUGUGUAAUGGACCAGGAACAUGUGUUCCCAUCUGCGUGUCUGCCCUGCUCCUUGGGAUACUUGGAAUAAAGAAAGUGAUCAUUGUCUACGUUGAGAGCAUCUGCAGAGUGGAAACUUUAUCCCUGUCUGGAAAGAUUCUGUUUCAUCUCUCCCAUUACUUUAUUGUUCAGUGGCCAGCUCUUAAGGAGAAGUACCCCAAGUCUGUGUACCUGGGGCGAAUUGUUUGACAAAUGGCAACCCUGAGUCUUGAGAUUUAUAUUUACUGUACCAUCUUUAUUGUAGUUUUUCAAAAGCCUAACGAAUUACUAGUGGUGAAGAAUUUAAAGUAUGCAAAUAAUUCAAUGAAAAAAGACAAACAUGGCACAUGGUGCCACCCAAAUAGCUAUGUCUGGACACCAAAAUAUUUUUCUAAAUAAAAAUAUAUAACACUA